AUGCUUUUGCUUGUCGAAAUAGGCAACAUGGCGGAGGAGACCAAGACGCACUUUACGUUUUCAUUUUUUGAUGCAGCGCACACAGACGGCUACGUCGCCUCGCCUAACAAGGAGUUUAAGCGCAUUGACAGCGAAUUUAGUCCCCAUCAACAAGGAAAACGAUUCUUCUCUGAUGCAGAGGAAGACGAAGACAUCGUGACAAAGAUUCACCAUUGGAAACAAACCCAUCCCAACAAGAGCAAGACGAAAGCUCCGCAAAAGCGUCAAGAUCUUUUCAUCGAGGUUGUCAAGAAAGAGCCAGAGUCUUCUAAUGCCAUUGCGUUAGCAAGCAACGAUAUCCAGCUAAACCGCCUCCUAGAUGAUUACAUGCUUGGAGAAAAAGGGGAUCAAAUCAUGCAGAAGAUGGAGGCGCUUACCACAGACGACCCGCCAUCGCCAGUUCAGAAUCCAAAAUCUCACUUGCAGCAAAACCAUUUCGGCGAUGAUCAGACAAAUGAAUCACCGCUUGACUUAGAUGCCAUGGUAUCGAUGGGGGAUUUCGAGAAGUACAUCGCUGAGAACUAA